CCGGGCGCUCGCAGGCUCGGCGCGCGCUGCCCGAGGGAGGACCCGGCCGCCACCGCCCCGCCGCCUCCCGGAGCCAUGGCAGCGCUCGGCCACCCCGCCGCCUUCGGCCGGGCCACCCACGCCGUGGUGCGGGCGCUGCCCGAGUCCCUGUGCCAGCACGCGCUGAGGCGCACCAAGGGCGACGAGGUGGAUUUCGCCCGUGCCGAGCGGCAGCAUCAGCUCUACGUGGGCGUGCUGGGCAGCAAGCUGGGGCUGCAGGUGGUGCAGCUGCCGGCCGACGAGAGCCUCCCCGACUGCGUGUUCGUGGAAGACGUGGCCGUGGUGUGCGAGGAGACGGCCCUCAUCACCCGGCCCGGGGCGCCCAGCCGGAGGAAGGAGGUUGACAUGAUGAAAGAAGCAUUAGAAAAACUUCAGCUUAAUCUAGUAGAGAUGAAAGACGAAAAUGCAACCUUAGAUGGUGGAGACGUCUUAUUCACAGGCAGAGAAUUUUUUGUGGGCCUUUCCAAAAGGACAAAUCAACGAGGUGCUGAAAUCUUGGCCGAUACUUUUAAGGACUAUGCCGUCUCCACAGUCCCAGUGGUUGAUGCUUUGCAUUUGAAGAGUUUCUGCAGCAUGGCUGGGCCUAACCUGAUCGCAAUUGGAUCCAGUGAAUCUGCGCAAAAGGCCCUAAAGAUCAUGCAGCAGAUGAGUGAUCACCGCUAUGACAAGCUCACUAUGCCUGAUGACACGGCCGCAAACUGUAUUUACCUAAAUAUCCCCAGCAAAGGUCACGUCUUGCUACACCGCACCCCAGAAGAAUAUCCAGAAAGUGCAAAGGUUUAUGAGAAGCUGAAGGACCAUAUGCUGAUCCCUGUGAGCCAUUCUGAACUAGAAAAGGUGGACGGGCUGCUCACAUGCAGCUCGAUUUUAAUUAACAAGAAGGUAGACUCCUGAGUCGAAGUCCCCCCACUCUCCUCGUAGCCGGCAAUACCGCACCCACAAGGCCGAUGACUGUAUGCUCCUGUUGUGUUCAUUGACAAUCUACUUGCCACUGUGCUACUAACUCUGGUUUACAAAAGUCUCCUUCUGAGUUUGCUCCGUUCUGCACCCUCCCCUCUCUCCCCUUGCGGUGGUACCUAAACUGUGGGUUUUGCUAAAUGAAUUAAGCAAUCUAGAAAAUCUAGAGCUCAUGAAUUAUUGAACUGUGAUUAAUGGUAGCAAAGAAAUACUCAUUUUCGUGUUUGUGUUAUCAAUGUGAGUAUAUAUAUAUAUAUAUAUAUAUAAAUAUAUAUAUAUGCUGUUGAGUUGCCAGUAUUGGCUAAAGAAUGUCUUCUUGAUCAGUCAGAUAGGCCAGGGGUUCUUUUUUCCUGUUUGUAUUGUUCAUCAUCUUUGGUUCCUGUGAAAUUCCUUGGUUCCUGGCUUCUCCCCUUUUCCUUCCUUUUUUUUCAUCUGAACUCUGGAUAUUUCAUUGCCAGUUGCUUUCUUUCGCCUUUCUCACUUCUGUUGCCUUGGGUAAAAUCCAGAGUCUUGACUUCUGGGUACCUUCCUGCGGGUCCUUCCUGACUGCCACACUAGCCUCCUCUGACCCAAGGCUCCAUCUACAGCCACCACCCUCACUGUCCCCAGGAAGGACAGACGGGUCCCUCAGCAGAACUGUGACCAAAAUCACAAUGACUGUUUGGGGAACAGUUAACCAGGCAUAGGAAUAUCUUGAUGGGGUUUGUCCCAGACAUCAGAAUUCCAGAAGAAGUAGGGCACCACACCUAGGAAGGUAAAUUCAGCUCCAGAGGGUUGCUAGAGAUCAUUGAUCGAGAAGCCUGGAAACACCCCAUGGGCACAUCUCAGAAAUCUUUAAGUCACAUUCCAUGCAUUUUUGCUUCAUUACUGACCAUUUGUAGACCUCGGGGAAUAGUCUUAUUUUUUCCUUCGGCUCCUUUCUCUUCCCACCCCCUCUCAUCAUGACUCACCCUACUUCCAGCCUUCUACCCCCUGCAAUUAUCCUGGUCUAGCAAAGUUAGUUCUUUCAAAAGAGACAUUGCAUCUACAAAUGAUUAUUGAUGGUCUAGUGAGAGCCAGAUGCAGCAUGUUCAGGAAGUGAUAGGCUUGGUGCUUAAAACCACAGACAAUGGACAAUUCCACUUUGAAAUAUCUAUGAAUAUAUACUGUGGAAUUCAAUUAAAAUUUCUUUCCUCUCUAGCUUUUAAAUUACACAACCUGAAACUGAUGCUGGUCUCUCACAAAGAACAAUGGCGCAGUGAAGGGAGAGAUCAUUGUUUUUUACUUAAACCUGAAAGAAUCAGCCUUUUAACAGGCCAGGUAGAUGGUACUUUCCAAGGAAUGAUGACUGAUCCAGGCAUGUUAUCAAACUUCCUCGUCAUCUCCACCUUUCCUGUAUUGCCUGUAGCUUGUUGUUCAAGAUUAACAAUCAGGGAGAUUAAGAAAUAUGACUUCAAGGCUUGCUCUGCUUACCUAUGUGAUUCUUUUUUUUUUUUUUUUAAGAUUUAUUUACUUAUUUGAGAGAGAGAGAGUGCAUGGUGUGGGUGGGGGAG